GGGCAUGUCAUUAGACAGUUUUAUGAAAGUCUUCGCUACUUCAUAUGAUCCAGAGUGGAGGGUGCGCUUGAUCAGCGUGCAUGGAGAUGCCAAUGUUGUGGCUGCCAGCUCCAUGACAGUGAGGAACAUUAGAGGAGACUGGGCCUUUGUGAAGGGCAGUGACGGCCAGAUACAGAAGGUGCGCCACCGCCAUGGGAAAGAACUAGUGGUGAGGAUCAUGCGAGAGAGGCGUGCAGGCCUCAUGUAGCGCUAAACAUUCCGGGUAAGAUGUAGUGUCCUCAUUUUGUAAAUAUUAGUUUGGCGGUACUACUGAGUUGAAGCAGGAAAAUAGAUUGCACCAGCAGCGUUUUGGUGCAUGCAAGAUGAACGUCCGCCAUCAGCCCAGAUAAACCUUUUGUAUAUAUGUAAAAAGUGGCUUGUUAAGGAAGCAGUUAAAUUGAAGUUUGACCACCAGGUGACAUUAGAUUACAUCUUUGCAUAUCUUUUGUUAGAACAUAGUGCAAGUGUACAUAUCUCUCGCCGAGAAUCAGAGGCAUUCCGAAAAAAAUUGCUGAAGCUACAAACUGCUUACCUAAAAAGCCGUCGUGGUGGACGACAACGUGCGCAGUGGGUAGACGCUCAGUGUACAAAUUUCCUACAUCUAAAUGUAAAUAUCAAUAGCCCGAGCACCUUACCAACUACACCAUGGCCAAAUCAUCCCGAGUGUCUCCUCUUCAAGUACGAUGACUGCCCGCCUUGUCCCUCGGGCGCGCCCAGACCUGGUACCUCUGCGGGCAGCAACAGCCGGGAGGGCAGCGCUGGGAACCGCCCGGUAGGUCCGUCGUCCGGCGCGCCCAGCCACGGAGGCGGCGCUGAAGACCGCCGGGCAGGUCCGUCGUCCGGCGCGCCCAGACCCAGAGGCGGCGCUGAAGACCGCCCGGCAGGUCCGUCGUCCGGCGCACCCAGACCCAGAGUCGCCGCUGAAGACCGCCCGGCAGGUCCGUCGUCCGGCGCGCCCAGACCCAGAGGCGGCGCUGAAGACCGCCCGGCAGGUCCGUCGUCCGGCGCACCCAGACCCAGAGUCGCCGCUGAAGACCGCCCGGCAGGUCCGUCGUCCGGCGCGCCCAGACCCAGAGGCGGCGCUGAAGACCGCCCGGCAGGUCCGUCGUCCGGCGCCAGCAGUGCAGGCGAUACGGUAAACCGAAUUCAAGCUGAGUUGCGUCGACUUCAGUGUGAAAAUGGAAAGCUUCGGCGACUGCUGGCCUCGAAGCGUAAGAAAGGACCAACAGAGUACUGUGCACGUACAAAGCGGCGAGUGACAAAAGACAUCAGGGAGAAGGCAGCGGAAUAUGGUGUAAGCGUGUGUUUCGCACCUGAAUCGCAAUCACCGUCGAGUAGCGCCAUAGCUGCGGUACUGGACAAUACCUGCAUCUCCAUGCGGAAGUAUAAAAAAAAAAACUCGCCAGCGUGUCACCGACUCUGCCACGUCCUCACAAGGUCCAGAAGGAACGGAGUAGGUUGAACACUGAAAUCGACAUUCUGCCCAUGAGAAAUGGAGCCCGGCGGAACAUAUCUGACCUUCUGAAGGCAAUGCAACCAGCCGUCAAAAAAGGACCAAACGAGAGCGUCCGCAUCAAACUAUCAGGCAACGGGGCUCCAGUUGGAAAGUACCGGAGCUUUGUCAACUUAUCCAUCAGCCUGCCAGACGAAGAGACUGCAUCAAAAAGAAGACCACAGCUUUUAGGCAUAAGUACCGCCAAAGAAAACUGGGAAAAUCUUGAUAGCGUCUUCGGGGGACUAAAUCGUGAAAUAGAUCAAAUUCAAAAAGACGGUAUCGUUAUCGACGGAACGUUAGAGUACGGUUUACCUUCUUCUUAUGUGCAGACUAUAAAUUCCUGUCAACUGUUUGUGGAAUGAAGGACGCAAACAGUCACAACGCAUGUAUAUUGUUUGUCCCACAAGUCCGACUACUGUAGAUCAGGCGCCAAGCCGAGGAAGGGUUUCAAUGCCAGAGAUCCGGGAAUGGCUCGUGGCUGGCUUCUCCCCGCCAUCCCAAUAGACAGGAUAGUUAUUGACAUUUUACAUCUUUUCCUUCGUACGUCUGACAAGAUUUUACUUAUCAUUCGCCGCGAGGUUCCAUGUGACAAAGCGACUGAUUUUGUGAAAAACCUUCAGGAGCAGAUCACAUGCCGAGGAAAAAUUGUCGCUAGCGAUGGAAAGGUUGAGUUUCAGCACUGUGAUGCGAAUGACCGUCGCAAAAUCAUCCGUCACAUGAUCGAUUCCGACUGUCUACUCGUGUACCUAGGACGAAAGAGAGGUGCGUCCAUCAAACUCCUCCUAGUGAAGUACUGUAAAAUGCUUGAUGUGCUUCACCACAGUGACGACUCAGAAAUUGUUCGCGCGGAGUGUGAUGCUUUUUUGAAGAUGUUCGUUACCGUGUUCCAGACCACCAUGGUGACUCCCUACCUUCAUAUGGUGGGAGUACACUGUCACGAGGUUGUCGCUCGCGUUGGAUGUCUGAACGUGUUUACGCAGCAACGGGUGGAGAAACUGAACCACAGUGUUACUUCCGCGUACAUCAGUGUUAGCAAUUUUAAAGGCGGGAUCGAGCAGGUGAUCAAGCGGGAAGGAAGGAUGCUGCUGCGGUCUGUGGAAAAUGUGUAGUGGCUAGAUCGUGUGCACAGGAAAUACAGGAAUGUACUUUCAUGUGUUCAUCCCAAGCUACCUUUGUUUCCAUUUGUGGAGAACGGAAAGCUAUAUGGUUGGUUCAAGUGAUUUUCACUUAAAACUUACGCAGAAAAUAUUACUGAAACGUAGGUAGUCACUAGUGAUUGA